UAGCCAUUUUGGCUCAAGCCAGGCUUGCCAAGAUGUCGCUGCGCAAUUCAUCUUUGCUCGGCAUGGUCCUCCUCGUGUCCCCGCGAUGCUGCCUGUGGGCUGCUGAUGUGGCGCUAUCCUUCUGCCUCUGCAUCGCGGCUGGCUUCUCUUCGAUCCCAUAUCGUCUUUUAAUCAUUGGUUUGCAACUUACGAUUCAUUCGUGUGCGGUGGCGGCUGCUGGACGGGAGUUUACUUCAACAUGUGCUGCGAUUAUGUUUCUUCAUGGUCUUAUUCCUGCUCCCAUCUUUCGCCUGGCUAUGAUGGUCAACUCGGCUGCUGGUGCCGCGAAACAUUCACAGUGGUUCUGCUUCUUCCCAUCGUUUUGCCGGCGCCGCAGGCGGCAGAGAGGUGGGUAUGGUAAGUCGGUGGUGGACGUACCAUCUUCUGAGCGCUCGGGGCCAGGGCCCUGCGUUAUUAGCAUAUUCGACGCCCUUUCUUGUGGGCAGGGUUUGCCACCAGCGGUAUCCAAAUUCAACCCUUUGGUCACUGAAUUCGUCCCUCAGGAUGCUUGCAACGCUAAUGGCAACAAUUCGUUCUUGUCUUGUACUGGUGAUUGUGGCAAGAUUGUGGCUCCUCGUUAUAAGUUUGCACGCCCUUGUCGUGUUUUGGCUGAGCCUGGCCCAGGCCCCUGCGGCAAGCAAGGCACCCACUUCUUGGGAUUCAGUUCGGCGUGCAGGGGGCACUCCCAUCUCAUUACUGGGGACUCUUCUGUGCAACAGCUGAUCGACGCUCAGAACAGCACGAUUGCUUUGUUGAUCCAGGAGCUGGAGCAGCUGAGGACGGUGGCCCUUCCUAAUAUCUCUUUUUCGGUGCUGCAGGCCUACGUGGAUGACAAAACUGCUGCAGUGUCGGCGCAGGUCACCCAGCUGCAAGCUGAACUCGCCAGAGCGGUCGAGGCUUCGCUCAGCCGUCGGCUGCCGCCCAAGCUCGAGGAAAUGAAGUCACACAUUCUGGACGCUGCCAGCCUAUCUCUGCAGUCUCCUUUGGACACUCUGAAGCAGGAGCUGUGCGACAGUUUCACGACUCAUCAGCGAUCUCUGGGCGACCAAUGUCUGUCUGCUGUGAGUGCCGCUUCUGCGAAGAUUCUAGACACACUGGAGAGGAAGGUCCAGGCUCUUGAGACCAAAUUUGGGAAUGUGGCGCCUCAAGUGCCCUGGAGUGACCGGGUCAAGGGCGAUGGCCCCGUGUACCUUCCCGAGUGCCAGGGCGACCAUUUCCAGGUGGGUGACUUGGUGCGCCCGCACAGCCUCGCUACGUCGGCUCUGAAUGGGCUGGUGGGCUGCGUCCGUGGCUUCGUCGGAGAGAGGGUUCAGGUGGAGUUCUUAGGUAUCGACGGCUGCAAGCUGAUUGAACCAGCCUUCCUGGUCGCAGAUUCGGCGGAGGAGCCGAGGACAUGCGAGAACCCAUGCGGCCAGGGAGGCUCGACAUCUUCUUUGUCGUCUUCGACGGCUUCCUCUUCUACGACUUCUGAGCUGGCUGCUGCCGUGCUCCGACCCCGCUAAGAUGAACAGACCCAUUGUGUACGAGUGACACACCACACACACCACACACACACACACACACACACACACCUGAUGGUACACUCCCCAUAUGGGGAGACAGGAGGUUGGAGGAGGAACCGCUCUGAACUAAUUACAGAUGUACGCCCAGAGGGCUGGUGGUGUUCGAAAGAAAAGCAGCGGCUCGCAUCGACAAGCUCAUGAACGCAGCCUCCUCGAGCAUGAUGAGUAGACGUAAAGCUGGCAUUCGCGUCCGACGAUGCCUUCGCUACUCGGGAAACGACCCAACCAGAGUGCCCAGGGCGAGGCGGCGAAACCCACCACCAGAUUGUGCACUACUCCGUCCACGCCUUCAGCUGGCCCACGACAGGAGUCAGCGCCCUCACGCGCCGUGACGGGCACACCCAGGUGCCCGGCACUGGCGCCGCUCGUUCGAUCCUUGGGGGUAACGAUCCACCCCAUGUCGACCCCCUCCCAUCCCUCGUCCUCGCCCUCCGCCUCUUCAGCUGCCUCUUCCCUUCUCCCGGCGCUGUGCUCGUACUGGUGUGCCCGUGCUUGUGUUGCCGCCGCCGUGUGCUAGCCUGGCAGCGCGCCUUGCCGCUACUGAGCGAGGCGUGUCGGCCUCUGUCCGCGGACGACCUGAGUGGAAAGGAGGUCUCAACCGUAAGCGGCGGGUUCUUGGCCGUAAGCGUAGUACCAGACA